UGUCUGCAGUAUUUUAUUGUGAAUGGGAUAAUGUUGUAAUUUAUAAUGUAUUUUUUUUUUUUUUUUGCAGUUCUGAUACUUUAUCCCAGUGCAAUGGAAGAUGCCAUCGGCAGACCUCGUGACGUGACCUGCUCAAGGUGCGGCGUAAUGAUUACCUCACACUCGCCUCUGCAGCCGCAGGAGUUUGUGGAGUGGGUGGGCAUCGCCGCUGCUGAGAUGAACUCACAAAGUGCACACUGUCCAGACACUCCGCAGUCUGAGGACGUCCGGAGACACGCCGUCUUCCUUGGUCGUCCCUCGCCUCACAGUCGUCAUGUUCCGUAGCAGCAGUAGUACCUGCAGAAUCCUGCUCCUGGUCCUCCUUGGCCUCUUGGUGGUCUUUGUACACUCAGGCCUGGCAGAGACUCUUGCAGACCCAUCCAGGGACAACCUGGACAUCAUGUCUGGAGAGACCCCCGCUGAUGUCGCCACCACCACCGCCAGGGAGAACCUUCAUCACAUGACCGAGCAGCCUUUCACUUUUGACUACGAGGACUCUACGCAGACCCUGGCUGUGGACGAGGAGGGGGUCCUGGGGCCGGGGGCCAUCACAGCCAUCGUCAUAGCCGUCUUCCUGGGAGCGUCCGUCCUCUUGGCGCUCAUCGUCAUCACACUCAGGAAGUUCACAGCAUCGUAGAGUGUUUAUUUUAUUUUUAUUUUUUUUACUGUAGUGUUUUGCUUUUUCAGGACAAAAUGUUGUUGUGGCAGGUCCCCCUGACUGAGAAAUGUCAAACAAAAUGUCCACAUGUUGCAUGUUUAAAGACUUGUUUGGCCCAGCUUUUAAUUUCUUAAAACUGGCUGCUUCCCCCAGUGCCUAUGUCUUUAAAUAUUGUUGAAUACGUAUGUUGUACACCAUGGGUGCCAUUACAUCAAGCUUUAUUGCAGACUCCAACGUCCAAGUAGACAUACAGUACAUAAAACAAACAAAAAAUACAGUAUAAAAGGCAUUAUCACAUACCGGCAAUAACAAAACAGUGCUUGUUCAUAUUCAGUAAAAGGCAUCUAAUAAAUAAAUAAAAGCUGCAAUAAAAAAAAAA